AUGACAUGGAAAGCAACCCUUGUUAGGGAGAGAUUCGAAUGGAAGGAUGCGAAGGAUAUCCUGGCAAUGGAACUACCUCAAUCUCCUAAGUCUGACUUCAUUUUCUGGAAAGCACACCCUUCGGGUAAUUUUAUUACCAAAUCAGGUUAUGCAAUGUUGGUGGAAAAUAGGAUCAAGGACGAAGACAGACUUAAUAGGGAUACGCUGAAAGUGUUAGGUAUAGUUUGGAAAGACAAAAUCCUUCCAAAAUGGAAAGUUUUUAUGUGGAGACUCAUGUUCAACGGGUUGGCGGUUAACUCAAACUUGAGUAAAAGAGGUAUCGAAGUUGGGAGCCAAUGUGAGUAUUGUGGCUAUAUGGAUGAGAAUAUACAGCAUGUUUUCCAAACAUGUAGUGUUGCUAGGCUGUCUUGGAUGGUCUACAAAAUACAAGUUCAAAUUGAAACUUUGGAACCCAUAAAUGUCAAAAAAUGGGUCCAAAACUAUAUCCUGCUCUUUCAUAGCGAGGAUGGUUCGAAUGGUAGUAGGAUUGAAGGCUUUAUAGCCAUGCUGUGGAGUCUGUGGGUCACUAGGAAUGCUCGUGUGUUUCGAAAGGAUGGAGGUCAUGCUAGAACGGUUUUGCAACAGGUAGAGGUGGCCCUUCGUACAUUAAGCGUGUUCCAACAAUCUCCACAUCCCAUACAAAUUGAUCCGGUUCCACCGGAUAGCGAACCAAGGGAACCUCCGGGUUUUCUUUUGGUUCAACUGGGCAGCAACCAAAAUGUUUUUGCUAACUUUGUUUUGCAGGUGGAUGGCUCGUGGGACAAGAAAACAAAACGUGCAGGAUGGGGGUGGGCGUACAAAGAUGGAAAUAUGGAAAUGGUGGUUUUCCAGGCUGGGGGAGGAGACUACGGGUGUACCUCAACAGCUCUCCAGGCAGAAACGAGGGCUUGCCUGCGGGGUCUACAGUGGGCAAAAGAACGAAACAUCAUGGAGAUUUUGGUGUUCACAGAUUCGUUGAUUUUAGUUUCAGAGCUAAAGAAGCAAUCUGAAUACAUUGUUCAUGUUACUUGGGAGAUACAGGAAAUCAGGAAACUCGCCGCAACCUUUAAUGUGCGUUCUAUUCUGAAAACAGACAGGAACAAAGUCGAAAUGGCACACGUCAUUGCUAACAAAUGCAGGAAGGACGGAUCUACUUUAAGCUUUAGAAUUUUUGGUGUAAAUCUAUUUUAUGCCGCAAGUUUAAUAGUCCGGUACGAAAUUGUUGCCAGUAAGAUUGUGCAGGUGCUGUGA